AUGAGUAGAAUUAUUGUGAAAGGACUGCCACACGUAGCAACAGAAAAAACUAUCAAAGAAGCAUUUCAAAGUUUUGGAAAUAUCACGGACUGCAAACUUGUCAGAACAAAAGAAGGCGUUUCGAGAGAGUUUGCGUUUUUAGGGUUUUCAACGGAAAGCGAAGCACAGAACGCUAUUGAAAAAAUGAACAACGCUUAUAUUCUCUCGUCGAAAAUCAAUGUCUCCAUCGCAAAAAAAAUUGGAGACAAAUCGAUUGAAAGACCGUGGUCCAAGUAUAGUGCAGGGUCUUCCGCGCAUGACAAAGCAACAACCACUGAACAACCCAAGAAGAAAGAAAAGAAAAAAGUCGAAGAACAGCCAAAGAAACCAUCAAAAAGUCUCGAAGCUUUGAAGAAACUUUGCGAACGCGCUCCACAAAUCGAAGUGAAAAAGAAGAAAGCAAGAGACACUGUUGACGAUGAAAAUAAAGAAACGAAGAAGACCGAACCAGUGAAAAUGGAAGAAGAAACAACAAGUCAAAGUUCUGAAGAAGAAAGAAAGGACGAAGGUGAAGAAGAUAACCAAAAAGAAAAGAAAGCAGAAGUUCAAAGUGAAGAAGAUGAAAUACAAGUUCCAGAGAAUGAAAAUUGGGAAGAAGGACGAAUUCUGGUGAACAACUUACCAUACGCUUGCUCGGAACAAGACGUUCGAGAGGCCUUUGAGAAAUUUGGCGAAAUCACAGAGGUCCACCUCCCCAUUGAUAAAGUCUCGGGGAAAACAAAAGGGUUUGCGUUUGUGAUGUAUGUUGUACCACAAGAUGCUGUUAAGGCAUUCAACGAGAUGGAUGGACAAGUGAUAAAAGGUCGUAUUAUACAUGUGAAUUAUGCGAAGGCCGACCCAUACGCACAAACAACGGAAGAAAAAGAAGCAAAGACGUACAAGGACAAAAAGGCGAACGAGCUCAAAAAGCGUGCAAGUAAUCAGUUCAAUUGGGCGACAUUGUACAUGAGACCAGACACCGCUAUCACUGCUGUGGCGGAACAACUUGGGAUGGCUAAAGAGAAGUUUCUUGACGUCAAUAGUAGCAACCUUGCUGUUAGAGCCGCUCUAGCAGAAACUUUUGUAAUCAAUGAGACGAAGAAGUACUUAGGGGAUCGUGGUGUCAACUGUACUGUACUUGAAAAUGGGUUGAAUGAGAAACGUGGGAACACUGCGAUCAUUGUAAAGAACAUAGCAGCAAAUGCAGACCAAGGAGAAAUCAAAACGAUGUUUGAGAACUGCGGGAAACUGAAGCGCUUUUUGAUGCCGAAAUCAAAGGCACUUGCUAUUGCUGAAUUUAUACAACCCAAUGAUGCCAAAACUGCUUUUAAAAGAAUUGUAUAUUCAAGAUAUAAAGGAGUUCCUCUUUACUUGGAGUGGGCGCCUGAGAGACUAUUCAACGAAGAAGCCAAAUCAACUGAAGAAGAAGUUCCAAAGAAAGUUGAGAAGAAAGAGAGUCCGAAAGAAGGCGGCGAGCUUGAACUUGUUGAAGAAGGUACACAUACACUUUAUAUCAAGAAUGUGAAUCCAAAAACAACGGAAGACACCCUCAGGAAGGUGUUUACUCAAUAUGGACAAAUUCAUUCAGUCAGUAUUUCCAAGAAUCCCACGUCUUCGAAGAAUGUGUUCUGUUUCUUGGAGUUUGCGAGACACAGUAGUGCACUCAACGCGAUGAAAAAUGCUCAAGGCCAACUUGUCGAUGGUAAUGCAAUUGCAAUCGAGUUGUCUAUUCCUAAGAAAGACGAUUUUACCCACGCCAAGAGAAAGAAAGCUGAAGAUGUGACAGCCAGUACAAAGUUGUUGGUGAAGAACUUGCCGUUUGAAACCAAUUUGAACGAAGUCAGAGAGUUAUUCAGGGUCUAUGGAACACUUCGUGGCGUGAGAGUACCAAAGAAGAUCGAUGGGCAACUGAAAGGGUAUGCCUUCAUUGAAUAUGCGACAAAACAAGAGGCUGCGAAUGCGAAAGCUGCAAUGGCAAACAGCCAUUUAUAUGGGAGACACUUGGUUAUUGAAUUUGCCAAGGAAACUGAAUUGGAUUGA